GCUUGAAAAAUAUGAAAUGGAAUCACCGACGAAAUCCACACUCACAGUUUUAAUCGAUAAUUAUGAUUCAUUUACAUGGAACAUUUAUCAAUACCUUUCAGAACUUGGUGCCGAAGUUCAAGUUUUCAGAAAUGAUCAAAUUACCGUUGAACAGAUCAAAGCACUUAAUCCAAAAAAUAUAAUAAUUUCCCCUGGUCCAGGUAGUCCAUCAUCCGAUGUAGGAAUUUCUCGGGAUGCUAUUUCAUCUUUUGCCGGAAAUAUUCCGAUUUUGGGAGUUUGUCUUGGUGAACAAUGUAUUGUAGAAGUAUUUGGCGGUAAGGUCGGAUAUGCUGGUGAAGUUGUUCAUGGGAAAACCUCAACUAUUAGACAUGAUGGUAAAGGGGUUUAUAUCGAUAUACCAAUUGAAAUUUCUGCGACGCGUUAUCAUUCUUUGGCAGCUCAAUCUCCAUCAAUCCCUGACGAAUUAGAAAUUACAAGUUGGAGUGAAACUAAUGUUCUGAUGGGUGUAAGACAUCGCGAAUUCACAAUUGAGGGUAUACAAUUUCAUCCAGAAAGUAUUCUUAGUGAAGAACAUGGAAAAAAAAUACUUGAAAAUUUCUUGAAAAUUAAAGGUGGAAAAUGGGAAGAUAACCCAGAAUUUGGUGUAAAAGCACCAUUAGCCAAACAUUCAGUGCCAACGAAAUCAAUUCCCUCAAUUUUGGAAAAAAUAUAUAAGCAACGAUUAGCUGAUAUCGAAAUUGCUAAAAAACAACCGGGUUCAUCACCUUAUGAUUACAAGAAAUUAUUAUCCCUUCAUAUUGCACAUCCAUUAAUUGAUUUUGUCUCUAGAAUUAAGCAAACAUUACCAAAGUAUCCUGCAAUAUUUGCCGAGGUUAAACGAGCUUCACCUAGUAAAGGUAACAUUGAUCUAUCAGUUAAUGCCGCAGAACAAGCUUUAACAUAUGCAAGAGCUGGAGCAUCGGUAAUCUCUGUAUUGACAGAAACUAAAUGGUUCAAGGGUAGUUUAAAUGACAUGCGACAAGUACGUGAUGUAUUAGCAACUAUUCCAAAUCGUCCAGCCGUUUUACGUAAAGAUUUCAUUGUGGAUACUUAUCAAAUUAUGGAAGCACGACUUUAUGGAGCAGAUACUAUAUUGUUGAUAGUAGCUUUAUUAACAGACGAACAACUAACAACAUUAUAUAAAUUUUCUAAAUAUCUUGGUAUGGAACCUUUAGUUGAAGUUAAUAAUCAAGAAGAAAUGGAAAGAGCAGUGAAAUUAGGAGCAAAAGUAAUUGGAGUCAAUAAUCGAAAUCUUCACACUUUUGAUGUGGACAUGAGCACGACUACUAAGCUAGCAGAAAUGGUACCUGAAGGAGUUAUUUUGGCAGCAUUAAGCGGAAUAACCAAGCGAGAAGAUGUAGAAGCAUAUAUUGAACAAGGU